GCUUGACGACACUUCCGCUUCCGGUCUCGAGUUGGACACUUCUCUCACAGGCUGAAUAUCCAUAUUUCCCGAGUCAAUGCGGGAUAUGCGGUUAUAUGUUCUGUUCCGGCGAAGCGUUGUGAGUGCAAAACGUUAACAUGACCGCAGACGGAGUCACGCCGAGCCGCGAUGACUGCGUUUACACCAGCUGCUACUGUGAGGAAAAUGUUUGGAAACUCUGUGACUUUAUCAGAAGGGAGAGAACCGCACCGAUGGAACAGCUGUUUGUAGUUUUUAUUUCUAACGAAAACAGGAUGGUUCCUCUGUGGAAACAGAAGUCCGGACAUGGAGACCAGCCAGUGAUCUGGGAUUACCACGUGAUUCUGCUGCAGCUUGGUCUUCAGUACGACUCUAUGAUUUAUGAUCUGGACUCUUUGCUGUCAUUUCCCUGCAGCCUAAAACUGUAUGGUGCAGAGGCCCUGCGCUCAGACCACAACAUCCGACCCAAGUACCACAGGAAGUUGCGAGUAGUACCUGCAAACACAUUCCUGUCGAACUUUGCUUCUGAUCGAUCACACAUGAAGAACCAGGACGGAUCCUGGAGGAUGCCCCCACCGCCAUACGCCCCCAUUCACACCACAGAGAGUCAUAUGAACUUGAACGACUUCAUCAGUAUGGACCCUGCUGUUGGGAUGGGGACAGUCUUCAGUCUGACCCAGUUUCUGCAGAAAUUCACGUCCAGCUCCCUAUCAGCAACAGCUUCACCGUCGUAGCUGCAGAAUGUGUGACUGUUGCCGCACGACCACGACAUUUUCGACAAUUUGUCCAAACACAGACAAACAUGGCUGACUUUUGGUUUAAGUUUGUUUACUAUUUCAUAGAGCUCAUUUUUCUCUAUUGGUGAGAGCUCAUUGGGGGUUGUACGGGUGUAACUAAUGAAACUGGAAUAGCCAUAGAAACCAUAGAUUAAAUCAAUCAUAAAGCCACGCCCAUGCAAUUAGAUAGGAUUAUAUAAAAAUAUGUGCAGAGCAUAUAUUCUAUAGCCCUGUUAGGAUCUAAUAGAAUCUGACAGAGGUGUGCAGCGGAGCGAGAACCAGCAAGACAGCCUGACUGUCUGCCUGAGCUCUAAAGAUUGAACCUAAAAGUAAACGGCUGUUUCUGUGGUGAUGCGCGGCUGGCCAACAUUACCUACAAAAUGAUGAAAUGAAUUAUUGAAUUAGAAUUGGACUUGCUGCGAGCCAGGCUAGUGCACAAUGUUAGCAACAUAAGGUAACUCUACUCCCGACAGUCCAAAACAUGACAAGCAGCAGCUUAUAACGUUACUCAAACUUCACAGUGCAAGCAGAUGAGAAAGUUGUCUUUUGUGUAAUUUAUUAUAAAAAAUGAAGGAAAAUAAAAAUAAUGGGGAAAGCAAAUCAAAAACAUGGAUGUUGAUUGUGCACAUCAACCAACCAAAAAGCAGCAGGGGAGAUCAGAGCAUACAUCACAAAGAUAUGAUGCCAAGAUUCCACAAUCCUCAAGUUGCCUUUUAACCCCUCUGUCCGACUAUGGUGGAACAUCUGUGUAGCCCAAUCAGACUGCAUGCACCAUCUCAUCCCUGAGAUGCUUACAUUCUCACACCUGCAUUGAUGGCGUCUGACUAUCAGAGAGGAAGCAGCGCUAAGUCUCAAAAGACAGAGACACAAUUCCCGGCCUUGGGUUUUGGGGGUCCAGAGUCUAUCUAUGAAAUGUCAAAUACAUAAAACAGAUGGAAGACAAAGAUUAGAUUAAGAUAUUGCACUACAUAAGUCAUAAAUCACAUAACCGCAUAGAAUUCAAUUUUAAUUAUAUAGCGCCAAUUCACAACAAAGUUAUCUCAAAGCACUUUACAAAGUAAGGUUUAAGACCUCAUACAACUAAACCCAACAAAUCCCACAUACAGCAAGCAUUUAAUUUGACCGCAACAGUGGAGAGGAAAAACUCCCUCUCUAACAAGGAAGAAACCUCCAGCAGAACCAGGCUGGAUGUGGGUGGCCAUUUGCCUCGAUUGGUUGGGGUGAGGGGAUAGAGAGAGAGAAAAGCACAGCAACAAGCAACAACAAAGCACAGGCAGGAUGGUCGACCAGAGACUGGACACAGGAUAGUUGGACCAGGGACUAGACACAGGCAGGAUAGCCGGAUCCGCAGCUGCCCAUCACAGACACAAAGCUCUGAGUCCAAUGAUACCUGUAGGUGAGGACAGAGUGGAGGACAGAGAGAGAGAGAGGGGGGAGAAGCGCAACUACUGGAGAGAAUGAGACAAGGUUAGUUGAACAUAGAACGAUGAUGGGAGGUUAUUGGACAGAAGAGAUAGAAGGAAACAGGAGCUCAGUGUAUAAAUUAGGUCUUUAAGAUAAGGUGCUUUAUCAUUGAGUACUUUGUAGGUGAGUAGGAGAAUUUUAUCCUACAUUUUACAGGCAGCCAGUGCAGAGAAGCUAAUGUAGGAUAAAUGUGAUCUCUCUUUCCAAGUCCCAUAAGAACUCUGGCUGCAGCAUUUUGAAUAUGCUGUAGGCUUUAAGAGCUGUUUGAACAUCCUAUGAGUAAGCAGUUACAGUAGUCCAGGCUAGAGGUAACAAAUACAUGAAUCAGUUUCUCUGCAUCGCUCUGAAAGAGGAUGGUUCUGAUUUUAGCUAUGUUUCUAAGAUGAAGGUAGGCGGUUCUAGAGAUUUGUUUAAUGUAUUAUGUUAAAGAGAGAUCCUGGUCAAAGGUGACACCAAGGUUCCUCACAGUGGAAUCUGAAGCUAAUGUUAUACCAUCCAGGGUGGCUAUCUGACUCAAUAGUGUCUCUCUCAGAUUUUUAGGCCCAACAAUGAGAAUUUCAGUUUUACCUGAAUUUAGUUGGAGGAAGUUUUGGGACAUCCAGGAUUUUAUGUCUUUUAAGCAACUCUGGAUUUUGACUAGUUCAUCUGUUUCAUUUGGUUCCAAAGAUAUAUAUAGCUGGGUAUCAUCUGCAUAACAAUGAAAAUUAAUAGAAUGCUUCCUAAUAAUCUCACCUAGAGGACACAUGUACAGGCUGAACAGAAUGGGACCAAGCACAGAACCCUGUGGUACUCCAUAGCUAAUCCUUGUCCAAUGCAAUCCAAUGCAGUUUACAUUUAUUUUGUUGGAACCCCACUGCCUUUCUAGUUGUCUGGUCCUGUGCUUUAGGGUGCGGAUCUCUGUGUUACAGUAUACCAUGGAGCUAACCUCUCAUGUGCCUUUUUCUGGAGUGAAGUUAGCUGCGUGUACAGGCUAAUUAUUCGUGGUUUGCCCUUGUUUCCUUAACAUCUUCAGUGCCUUUCUUCUGUUGCCCGCAGCUUCUCUUAUGACAAGUGACAGGCUUUUAUCACCCAAAAGUUGUUGAUAAGUUGAGCGUAUGCGUCUUCAUUUUUAGAGACGUUGUUGUUUGCACUGGCAGCCUCACCUUCCGCUGAUGUGGUUCCUUUAGAUUCAAGUCCUUUAGGCCAAGCAUCCGCCCUCUGAGCAGAAUUUGAGCAACCUGGCAGAAAGGAGGUCAUUAAUGCCAUGCCAAGGUUUAACAAACCAGCACUAUAAAAGUUAAGUUGAAAAUGUGUUUGCUCCAAACACCAUUACAACUGAUCUAACUACCUCUAUAUAUUGUUUACGUUUGUGAAGGUUGUGAGAUACAUAGGAAAUACUGGACAUUUCAUUAAUCUGCUAUUUUAGAUACCACCUAGAGUGGUGUCAAAGAAAACAGCUGCAUCCUCCAUCUGUAUAGCAGCUGCACUGCUUCUGAUGUCUUCCAAAACAUGAUGAAGACAACAAAGAUCCUCACAUCUCCCCAGCCAACUGCCCAUGACUGUACCUGUUCUACUCCAGAAACUAUGCCUUCAACAUAACUAUGAAUCCUACCCAUUUAUCCCGUGGUCUGCAUAUUGAACUGUGAAGAUAACUUAUCCAGCAUUUUAGCGCUGGUGCAUUGGUUGAACCAUUUUUGAGGGAAAACAGACAAAUGUUUUAUAAUAUUUCAACGUUUGAGGUAUUGCCACGAAAACAAUAAUUUAGGUAUUUCACAGGUAGUCCAAGUCCAACAUAGGUGCCUUGUCCCUCAAGAAACACUGCCCUAAUCCACAAGACCAGGGAAGAUGGGAUGAUAACUUGGACUCUUCACCCUAGACAUCCCCAGCACCAGCUAACAAUACUUCUCUAGGCUAGAUACCUGCAACGAGAUACACACAGACAGUACUGUCAAAUUUAUAAAGAAAAAAAUCAAUAACUACAUUUCUAUUAGUUACAUAUUAGCACUUGAUAUAUCAUACACCUUACUAAAAGAAAUAAAAAUAUAUUAGGUUAAUAUGUAUUUAGAACCAAAACUAUGUUUGUAAACCAGAGUUCCCAGGUACGCUAUGAUUAAUCUAAAUAGUAAAAUGUUCUAAAAUUGUAUGAAUUUCUGAGAUACUGAUUUAUUCCAUGCAUGUGUAGUGUUUGAUAUACUGUAAAUUAAAUGUUAUCUGUAAUGAAUACACAUUCAAUCAUACUGGCUCCAGUCCUGGAUCAUCAACCAUACAUGACAGUAGGUUUGGUAACUGGUUCAGCCAUCUUGAGGUAAGACUUAUCGAAAUUUUAAUUUUAAAUACCAUGUCACAUUAAUAAAAGUAUUAAACACGUGCAAUAUCUUGACAGCAAAAGUUGCUGUCACACCAUGCCUCUAAGCAUUUACUGUUCCCACAAUGGCACUUAAACAAAUACGACAAUAUAUGCUGCAGCUGAAGACCCCAUUAUGGAGAAAUUAUUUUGACACAGCAGCAGCACGAGAAAGAAAAAAAAUUUUAAAUAAAGUCUAAAAGUUAAUAUUAGUUUAUCAAGCUAUGCUCCUAAACAGGCUGUAGUAGUGUUAUGAAUAUUCUGUUAAUUAAUUCAGGCUGCUUAUUGGCAACCAUUAGCAGCCACUAAUCAAGUUGUGUAUUAAAUAAAUUAAAUUAAAUUAAAUGUGAAAUUGCCAGUUAGACGUACCUUGCACCAGUCCAAUGCAGUAACCAACCUGACAUGAGCAGCAUGACACAAUGAGGUGACAAUGACCCGGCACAGAGUGCUGGGUUGCAGGAGUCUGUAAAGGGAGGCAGAAGGGCAGCACAGGUGUGGCGAGUUGGGCUGAUUGCCAGAAGUCUACUGAGAGAAAGAGAGGGAGUGGGCAUGGUCCAAAUCCGAGGCAUGGCAUGGUCAGGGAGAAGGUGUGUUCCAGGGUAAAAAAACAGGAUGGCUGGCAGAGCCAGCCCAGGAUCGUGACAGAAUGUGAGGAUGCAUGGGUGAAUAAGAAGCUGGUGUAAAGUGUUUUGGAUCCCGGAAAGGGUGUAUAAAUGCGCUAUAUAAAUGUGGACCAUUUACCAUUUACCAUUUACACUACGUGAGAAUUACUCCACUUAAGGCACCAAACUCAGGCACACAAAAACCCAACAUACAUAGGAGACAGAGACAUGGAUCAGGGUACGAGAGAGCCUGGGAGGUAGGAGAGUCGUCUUCACUGUCGUCCCUGGAUUGACGGCACCCCUGGAUCUCCCCUGUCCCUGGAUCUCCCCCGUCUAGUGGGGGUUGGAGAGAAUUUGGAAAUAUAUCUGCUCUUUUGAAUGAGAGGAUGAUAAAGGAAGAAUUGCGGUAUCAGCACACGGUUGCGGAGUCUGAGGAAGUAAGGAGGAAAGCAGAACAGCCUGAGAAAUGGUACAGGGGGUGGUACAGGCCAUCCAGUCAUCCUGCUGCAGCCAGGUUUCAGUGAGACAGAACAGAUCUAUGUGAUGGUCACUUAUGAAGUUAUUUGAUAACAGAGAUCUGAUAUUCAAUAAACCACACUUUAUUAA